UACUUGUUAUUAUUAUUGCAGGAAGUUGCAAGUGUAGGAGUUUUAGUAAUCGGAUAUUGAAAGUAACGUUUUACAGCUAUCAGCAAAGUUUUUAGUUAGAAUUUAAAAUGUAGCGGAAUUACAUAAAUAGUUUGAGAGUUUGUGGUUUAUAAGUCGCGAGCGUCGUUCAAAAUACAAAUUGAUAUUAGCUGGGGUUUUUUGCUGCCAAUCCGCAUGUUGCUGUGACUGAGACGUAUAAGGCCUUUUCACGCGUGGUUAUGGCAGACAACUUUGAACGAGUUUCCGUGGAUAGGAACCGAGUAAACUCCGGUAACUCAGACCGCAGAGAACAGGUUGGCGGCCCGCUGUCGGAAGCAGAUCCUGUACCGUCUCUCUUCGGUCAACGCGAGCCGCUUAGGCAGCCUCGCACUUCACCCCCUGUAUCGGAGGACAGAUGGAAGGCAGCCGGAGAGGGAAGAAGUGUGUCACACGAUGCACACAACAGCAGAAUCGCAACAGGGCUGGCUGCUGAAGGUGUUCUCCAAUCCAACCUAUCAGUAGAUGCUGUUGAAUUCUACCCAGCAGGUUACAGCCAGCAAGAGCCUGUCUAUGAGGAUACCCAGGAUCAGUAUUACCCAGAGACCUUGGCAGAGCUGGUGCACGAGUUCCUCAGUCACCUCAACUCCUCUCCAGGUGCCUUUGAGUCCGAUAUUGUCCAGAUAACGUCCACUCUGAAUGAGUUUGUCACCAGAGAAGAGACACUGCAGGAACUUGUGGAGCUGAUCUACACACAGUCCACCACCAUCCCAUACUUCUCCUACACGGGAGCGCGGCUCUGUAACCACCUGGCUCAUCACCUGUCCUUCAGUCCCGCCGGGAGAAACUUCCGUCAGCUGCUUCUCCAGAGGUGCCAUAUGGAGUUUGAGCAGCGGGACCAAGCUGUGAGGGGCGACGAGGCCACGCAGAAGAGUUUCCACUCCUACGUGCUCUUCCUGGGAGAACUGUACCUCAACCUCGAGGUGAACACGAGGGGGAUCCCGGCGAGGGCGGAUAUCUUGCUCGAUGCCUUGAGGAAGUUACUGGACAGCCUGUUCUCCAACCCUCAAGACAAGAACCUCAUCUGUGCUGUGAAACUGCUGAAGCUGACGGGCUCAGUCCUGGAGGGGGCCUGGAAGGAGAAGGGCAUGACGGACAUGGACGAGCUGGUGCAGAAGAUCCAGAGCGUCCUGCUGGAUGCAACCUGCGGCCGGGACGUGAAGCAGAUGCUGCUGAAGCUGGUGGAGCUGAGGUCCAGCGACUGGGGCAGGGUGCAGGGCGCCACGGCUGCCUGCGACGCCACGCCCGACAACGACCCCAACUACUUCAUGAAUGAGCCCACAUUCUACACACGUGAUGGCACUCCUUUUACAGCUGCUGAUCCAGAGUAUGCUGAAAAGUACCAGGAGAUACUGGAUCAGGAGGACUAUUUCCCAGACUUAUUCGAGGAAAAUGGCAACGAUCCGUAUUAUGACUCCGGAGACGAGAUGGACCCUGAGAUUGAAGAAGCGUAUGAAAAAUUCUGCUUGGAAUCGGAGCAGAAAAGGAAACCGUGAUAGAGAGCCCAAAACUGCCAGCCAGCUUACUGUGAGCGGCUUGUGCGUUCAGCUAGUCAAAGGAUUUAUGGCUGUUCUGUAAGAAAGCAGUACAUGAAAAGAUGUGUUUUAGCAAAGCUUUAUUAAGUAUGUGCUUAGGGGUUAGCGCCUCUUGGCUCUUUUGUUUGAGUUGUUAUAUUGUUUGGAGGAACGCAGCUCAGUGAUGAACCUUUGUCACACCUCUAAGAUAAACCUACAGUUCAGAGUUUUAAAUUUGGAAUUUCAAGUUACUGUUUUGUUGCCUCUUUCUGUAUUUUCCUCUCUCUCUUUGCUGUGCGUGUUUCGACGUGUGGAUUUUUAAGUGUUCUAACGGUCCUGGACAGCAGAGUACUCAUAAAUUGGUCAUGGUUUUGAUUGGCUAGAUGGAAAUCUAUUAAACCCAAUACAUCCGUUUUGGCUCCAGAGUACAACAGGAAACAGCCACUGACUCAUGUCUAUUGUACAUUACUUCUGUGCUAUGUUAAUUUCUUAGGUUUUUGGUCAGAGUCACUGGAAUUACACUAUGCAUUCACAAUGGUUAGCUUCUUGUGCUAACAAACAUUGUCACAGGUGUCUGAUGUUACGUAACGUGUAUUUAGACUAGAAUGUAUGUAGAACAUUUUAUUGCAAAAUGAGGUGCAGUGUCCCAUAACCUAUUCAGGGUUGGAACUGGUCUUGAGCUAAGGGCUAAGGUUGUGGUUUGCAGACAUGGUUCUGUGGUACUGCUGCGUAUGCUGGUUUUUGUUCCAACAGUUUUCUUAAUUACGCUUUUCUUGUUUCGAGGGAUUAUUUACGCUCUUAGAUCACAUUAUGUCAAACAUAGCUAUGCUUCCCAUAUUUGGUAUUGCAAACAAUGACAUAGCGGGAGGUCCAAAUGUUUUAACUGAUCAAAUUAAAGACUGAGGAGAAUCGAUGGGCUCUUAAUUUGUGAAAGUGUGGGAAACUUACCAUUUGUAGAUAAUAAAGAAUUCAAAAACGAAGCAAAUAAGUAAAACCUACAUUGUGUUAAUAAGUUUAAGGGGGAAAAAUGUGAAAGAACUUAAAUAUGUGUUCAGCAACUUUUGAGGCUGUUGCCUGAUUUUAUCUUUUGCAAUAUAGCGCAAGAAGCACAAUGAGAAAAUGUGACAAUUCUUCAUGGCAUGCAUAAAGUUGACAUAAUGUGGCUGAAGACUUCUCUAAUCGUGCACCUAAUUAAGAAAAAAAUAAGUUUGUUAAAAUUCAGGGAUUGCAAAUGUAGAAGGGAAACCAGCAUACACAGUGGCAGCCCAGGACACAGUUUGAGAACCACUGGGCUAAGGGACAAACCAAAAGCCAAAUCCUGUUUGUGAGACUCAUUUGUGUGGACCCAGGCUCUGUAAGCACGCACUGCAUGUCUGCUCAGAGUGGAUUCUGCAUAAAUCCACUGAACGUCAUCUCCUCUGCUUGGCCAUUGAUCUGAUGCCCAUGAAGACAGGCGUACUCUAAAGCCCAGUUUCAGUGCAAUACACUGCUUUGUAGCUUUUGCUAUGUCAACAGUCAUUUCUGGCACCAAUUAAUUGAUCCCACUGAAAAAUAGUGUUUUAUUUAUAUAUAUAUGUUGAUGUAAAUAAAUGAACAGCAUUGUUUGGCUGCAAUAAAUCCUUUGUAAAAAGAAUACUUACAGUAAACUAUUGUGAGAUUGUCUUUUUACAAAUACAAUGCUCAUUAGUUAUUAAUAACCACCUGAUCUGACCUGUUCUCCCAUCAAUAUCUACGUCCCUUAAUUUGCUGUUAUUCUUGAGUUCAAAAUCUUGUAUCAAAUUGAGUAUUAGGAGCUCUAGAAUGUGCAUUUUUAGCCAAUCCAUGUCCCUGUCUUUGUUGGCAGAAUUGGUGUUAAUUUUUGCUAUUUGCUAAUGAGUAGCCUAUUUUAUGGUCUUCAUUUCUGUCUUAUUAUUCAUUCAUGUCAAUUUUUAUCUCAGGUGAGAAAAAUGCCGCUGAAGUAACCUAUGGCCCAAGGUGUACUGCUAUAGGCUCGGUUUCCCUUACACUACAGGAAGGCGCAGGGGAAAACGGGGUCUGUUCUAACAUGGGGUACAUUGUUAGGCAAUGUUUUUGCCCGAUCAGAAACAAGCUAGCCUGCUGUAAAUCAUAUUGCACACCCCACAUGCAUACCCUCUUUCACCUCGGAUUUCAACGGACCAGUUUCAUCUCAAGUUCGCAUUUUAAACCACAAUAUGUGGGCUAUCCGUAGAUAUUCUUAUUGACUGGGGAAAGUCUGGAAAUCAUGGCCAAGUAGAUGGGGUAGAUUGUUACUCAUAAGGGGAUACGUUGUUACAGGUUGCAUAUGCUUGACAUACAGAUGUAUUCAACCAAAACACUCAUACAAACUAAAACUAUAUUGUUAGUGUACGUACCAGAAAAACCGCAUGACUGGAUGACAAACCGAGCUGCUCCUGUGAGCUCCACUACAAUGUGAAGUCAUUUGAAUAAAAACAACCGGUUGUAUCUCGUAUUAACCCAAUCUUUCACAAUAGAAUGAGGAUGUACCUGAAUACAUACAAUUAAUUUGAUUAAUUUCCCAAACUUCUUUUUUCAUUUUUAAACAACUGUAACAACUGACCUCACCCAUGGUAACAAAUGACCUGACUGGCGGGGUUCAUUGUUGCAAUUUAUGAGUUCUGUUUGAACUGAGAUGGUACCUUUCACAUUUCUUAAUGAUAUUCUUAAUGCUGCUUAGUAAACAAAUAGUUAAGAGACAGACUGAAGAUAUUCCAUGCAAAAUAUUGUCAGUGUGAUGCAAGCAGUCUCUUGGCAAUCGGGUAAAAGACAAAAAUGGUCACAGCGGACAAUCUCCCCUACAGCUCUCAGUUAACAAUGCCUGUCUUCGCUUAUCAAGCUGAUAACCCCCUCCGUAGCACUGGUUAGGGCCGAUAGUGGUUGUUCGGUUUUGUUAAGCCAGGUUACACAAAGAAACCCUGGGUAACAUAUUGGCGACAGUGGCUGCUACGGCCUGUUUUGUAGCGGUAGCACAUGCAGGCAUCAGAAGCAUCGAAUUCAUUGAUGAACAGUUUGUUGGACAUCCCAAGACAUCAAAGGUUUGAGUAGUGACUUGAAUUUGGCUGGGUGCUACGGGAGGGGGUGUUUUUGGAUUAUGUGACCUACAGGGUGAGGACCCACUGGGGCUAACAGGUGUUUCUGGUGAUAAGAUUAUGGUCAUGUGGCAGCAGUUUGUAGGAGAGGGAUGCACAGGUGUAGGUGUGGGAAGGACUGGUGUGCAGAAGAAGAGUGCAAGCUAACAAACGAGCAGGCUGUCUGUUUACACUAUGGUAAUAAACUGUGAGAAUGAAACCAAGUCAGAGAGAAUCAAGAUGGUGGUGCACACAGCAAAAUACAUUUUGGGCCUGAUGGUAAGGGGGACAUGAUUCAGGGGAAACUGGUUUGAAUGGAGUCAAAUGUUAGGCUAAUAGAGCUGGUUAAGAAUGACAGAUUUUAUUUGAUAUACACACACACACACACACACACACUCAGUGAGCACUUUAUUGGGUAUUUAUUAGACUUCUUUUUUAGGCGUAAUGGUGUCUGGCAGUCUAUCCACUUAAGAGGUUUAACGUUUGCGUGUUCAGAGAUGCUCUUCUGCAUACCACUGUUGUAAUGUGUGUUAAUUGCAUUCCUGACACCUUCCUAUCAGCUUUGACCAGUCUGGCGAUUCUCCACUGAUCUUUCUCAUUAACAAAGCAUGUUUGCCCACAGAACUGCUGCUCGCUGUAUGUUUUUUGUUUUUUGCAUUUUCCCAUUCUAGAGAACGCUGCGAGUCGGGCCAAACAACCCCCCUCAGCUGUAAUAAAAUGUGUAUAUGCCACUG